UGGAAGAAGAAACUGCUGAAGAAGAGAUCAGCCGGACAGACAGACGGAGCCUUCAUGAUACUGCCCACAUAUCACACGCAUUUCCUCAACCGCACACCGCGCAACAACACCUAAAGGAAAUCCUCUUUUAUCGCCCUUCAUAGAAGCCCCCCAGUGUCAUUUAGUGAGAGAUGCCGCCAAGGACCGGACUUUUGCUGCUCGCCGUGCUCAUCGCCUCCGCGUAUGAACUGGAUCUGAACGAAUCCUACUCGCCCAGGAGAGCACGCUUCUCCCACAACAGCCCCUCGGAUGUGGCACGCUGCCUGAACAGUGCACUCCAGGUGGGCUGCGGUGCCUUCGCCUGUCUUGAAAACUCAACGUGUGACACAGAUGGCAUGCAUGACAUCUGCAAGUCCUUUCUCUACAGUGCUGCUAAAUUCGACACUCAGGGAAAGGCUUUUGUGAAAGAAAGCUUGAAGUGCAUCGCCAAUGGCAUCACUUCCAAGAUCUUUCUAACAGUCAGACGGUGUUCCACCUUCCAGAGGAUGAUAUCGGAGGUUCAAGAGGAGUGUUACAGCAAGUUGGACAUUUGUAAAGUGGCCAAAUCAAACCCAGAAGCCAUUGCGGAGGUGGCUCAGCUACCCAGCCACUUUCCCAACAGGUUUUAUGGGAAACUACUGCAGAGUCUGAUGGAGUGUGACGAUGAGACAGUGGACCUGGUGAGGGCAAAUCUGUUGACCCGAUUAGGGCCCGAGAUCACCAUGCUCUUCCAGCUUCUGCAGAACAAGCCGUGUCCGUCUGCUGCAGUUCCUACUGGAAUGGAGACUCGUGGUGGGUGGCGGUGGUCUGUCAGUCCCCAUGAAUACAAGCACCAGCCAAAUCUACGCAACAGAGAUGCCUCCAAUCUCUUUGGCAAGAAACGCAACAUUGGUGACAGCUCUUAACUUCAGACCAAUUUGCCAGUCCAAACUUAGCCAUCGAGCACACAUACACAAACGCAAAGUGAAAACACACACACAGACACACACACACACAAAAAAGCAAGACAAAACAGUGGUUUAUUUUCCAAGGCUAUACAGGGACACAUUCCUUCUCAACUGGAAAAAAAAAAGGCAUGCACCAGUGCGAAAACAUCUCGAAUGUCAAAUUCUACGUUCAUCAUUUCAUGUUCGAUGAAAAGCGUUUUGCGCGAGGGGAAAUCGGCCCGGUUUACAGACCGAUCCGCGUGUCGUCGUGAAAUCUAGCGGGAGUCAUCCAGGCCAUUAAGUAGAGAGCUCUUAGACUUAUUUCCGUGAAAAUAUCUCGAGAAACGAAAGAAGAAGAAAAAACGAUAAAUAGCCAUUUGUACAUGAAAUAUAUCUUACAGAGAUUACAGCAACGAAAAUGUAUCUGUAUAUAAACUGAAUCUAGCGUUGAUGUGAAAUAGUUGGCAUGUGUUAUAGAAAUAAGAGUGUACUAUUUAUUUAUUAACAGAUAUUUUACUACUACUACUUUAGCUAAGUUAAUCUCAAAUUGCCACUAGCCUUUUUGUGAAACUCUCCCAUUUGGCGAGAGCUAUCUUUAAAGAUCUAUGUGCAGGAAUUCAUUAAAAUACCAAAAAACGGAAGUUCACUUCAAACGCCGUAAAUCAUAAAGCAUCGAGUACAGCUACAGUAGAUGUCACACUGGACGACCAGUCGUUAUUUAUAAACCGAGUCAUGAGGCGUGCACGGGAAGGCAUUCCUUCGGCUUCGUUUCUUUCGCUUUUUCCCACAUUUUCUCGACCCUUAGAUCGUCUCUCUACUUGUGAUCUGUUCAAGUAGUACACUUCAGGAAGAGGAAAUUCAGUUCGAAGCCCUGUUAGCGCUACGUCUAAACACAUAUUUUGGCCAACUUAUUUGGACAGAUGAACAAAUUUCUCCCUGGUGAAUAUGACACGCAGAAGUGAGUUCAGACGACAAACGAAACGAAAAGAAAAAAAAAGUCUAUUUAACUGACUUAUUGAUAUUUAUUUUCUUACUAUAUUAUUUAAAUGUUUAUUUUAUUACGUUUCUGUGGGCAAUAUUAGUUCAUUCGGCAAGCAUCGGUUUACAGAUAUUGUGCUUAUUUAAUCGAUCGCUUUAUUUAGUCAUUCUGAGUUGACUGUACAAGACCCAUGUAAUGACUCUGUGCUGGUCAUGGGGGAACACGCUGGUCAUAUGAGUCAGGCGAAUGUUAUAUGGGACCACUAUAAUACAAACUUUGUCAAAAGUUUAUUGAGCAUUGCCACAUGCUGUGUAUACUUUCAGGGUUAAUCAGCUACAUAGAGUAUAUAUAUAUAUAUAUAUAUUAGCUUUAACGGAGUAACUGACAUCCAGUAUUUCAUAGCGCCGGAGGGCGAUUCGGUUCAGCCAUCGUACGGUUCGUUUGGGGCAAAGUGUUUUCCCGAGCUAUGCAAUAUACGACGUUUCGGAAAGGCCUGGGUGAGUGUCUUGUAAGUGCUUCUUGGGAAAGUUCAGAUUUGCAAGGACUGGAGGGCAGCGUUUGGCUUAGGAAUGACUGAGGAGCGAGGGCCAAAUCCAAUCAAACUACCGCAAAACCACUUUUCGACGGUCCCGUCCAAAGCAAAGAAGCCAUCUCACCACUGAGCGUUUCAACCGUUAAAAUGACCAAUCCGCAUCCCU